AUGAGUAAUGAUGAUGAUGAUGAUCUGUCCAUUUCAUAUAUCAACGAAGUGUUUGUUGAGAAAGACCUGAACGGAGGCGACACAGAAUGUGAUGUCUUUCAGAUUCUUGAUCAUAUAGAACGCGGUGGGGGCGAAGGAGACCCUUCGCUUUGUGCUAUGAAAGUGGCCAGCGGUUUAUUGGUCGGUGGUAGUGGCCGUGCUGACGAUGCCGAGUUGAGGCGAUUGAUUCACACACAGAAAAUGGCUCGUGCUCAUCGCAGGGGUGUACUGUCCGCCUCCGUCUUCAUCCCCAGCGGCACCUGCUUGGGCUCUGCUUCCUCUCUCUGCUUCAGAUGCUUCCUUGCUGCUCUCGUAGAACCCCGGAAUGAUGACCGAGAGCCUUUUGUGGUGAGUUGA